GCGAGUUUUCCCUCCCCCCUCGCGGCGCCUGGCGCCGGCUCGCGGCGGCGGCGAGGUCGCCCGCUCCGGCCUGUGACGCGGUGACGCACAGGUACGUGAGGGGCUGGCGAGCCCGGCGGUCACGUGGGGCGGGCGCCGCCGCUGCUGCCAGGCGCCGCGGCUCCCGCGCGCUCGGACCCGCCGCUCCGCCGCCCUCCCCUCGCCGCCGCAUGCGGCUGGCGGCGCGGCCCGCUCUCCCUCGGCCCACGCACCGCCGCCGCUGCCUCCGCCGCCGCCCUUGAUGUGGUUCGGGACCGGGCGGGGGAGAAGAUGCCGCCGUCCAAGUCCCGCAAGAUCGCGAUCCUGGGCUACCGGAGCGUGGGAAAAUCUUCACUGACGAUUCAGUUUGUGGAAGGACAGUUUGUUGAUUCAUAUGAUCCAACCAUAGAGAACACUUUUACAAAACUGAUCACAGUAAAUGGCCAAGAAUAUCAUCUUCAGCUGGUUGACACUGCUGGCCAAGAUGAAUACUCCAUAUUUCCUCAGACGUACUCCAUAGACAUCAAUGGCUACAUUCUUGUUUAUUCAGUCACGUCAAUAAAAAGUUUUGAAGUGAUAAAAGUUAUCCAUGGCAAGUUAUUGGAUAUGGUGGGAAAAGUCCAAAUACCCAUUAUGCUGGUUGGAAAUAAAAAAGACCUGCAUAUGGAACGGGUGAUCAGCUAUGAAGAAGGGAAAGCUUUAGCAGAAUCCUGGAAUGCAGCUUUCUUGGAAUCUUCUGCUAAAGAAAAUCAGACUGCCGUUGAUGUUUUUAAGAGGAUAAUUUUGGAGGCAGAAAAAAUCGAUGGGGCAGCUUCACAAGGGAAGUCUUCAUGCUCAGUAAUGUAAUUCCACUGCAAAACCUGAAAACACUGGGAAUACAUUCUACCUGAAGAAGCAAAACUGCCCAUUAUCUUUAAGGAUAAACUAUGCUUCUUUUUUUUUAUUUUUUUUUUUUUCCUUCUGUUAACCUGAAAGAUAAACAGUUGGUUUGGAGCCUUUCCCUUCAGAUUAUGUUAAACUCUGACUCCUGUGCAAAUGGCUUCACUUCCAUUUUCAAAUUUUAAGCAAUCAUAUUUUCAAUUUAUAUAUUGUAUUUCUUAAUAUUAUGACCAAGAAUUUUACUGGCAUUAAUUUUUCAGUGUAGUUUGUUGGUUAGAAUAAUCAUCAAAAUGAUGCAUAUUGUUACACUACUAUUAACUAGGCUUGGAUAUCAGUGUUUCUUUGUGUUAAAUGUAUACUUGUAAAUAAAAUAGCUGCAAACCUUAAA